CUGCUUGAGAGUGAAAUAUUUGAAUAUUCUCGUAAGAAAUGAAAGUGAUUUUGUUCCUUUUUUGCCCUCUCAUAAUCCCAACUGUCUGUUGAAUUCAUCAUGAGUUCGUUGAAAUCUUUAACACUGCUAUCGCUCGCUACUGGAUUGGCUCAGGCACAUAGCCAUAACAGCGGUGCACAAAAACCAUUAAUAUCAUCAAGCGAUUAUACUUGCCAACAUCCAGCAUAUCAGAGCCAUAUAGUAUCCAAGUCACCGUUGGUUAUAUAUCUAGCAAAUUUCAUCACAGCUGAAGAACAAGCGCAUCUCCAGGAAAUAACCAAAGACACUUUCUCCCACUCCGCUGUCGCUGAUGCAUCCGGCGCCCAAGGGCUAAGGCAGACGCGGACUUCGCAGUCGACUAACGUGCCGCGCGACGCCGUGGUCCGGUGCAUCGAGGAGCGGGCGCUGUUAUUCCAGGGCUUCGACGUGCCACGGACGCACCUCGAACCCCUGCAGCUGGUUAAGUACGGCCAGGGAGAACGGUACCAUUUUCACACGGAUUGGUACACGAACGCAGCGCAUGCGACCUCUGCGCUGGGCGGCAACCGGCUGAGCUCCUUCUUCGCGUACGUCGCCGCCUCGGAAGACAUCACGGGCGGCGGUACUAAUUUUCCUAUGGUGUCUGCGCCCCACGAUGAGCGUUGGUGCGAAUUCGUCGACUGCGAUGAGCCGUGGGAGAAUGGAGUUACGUUCCGUCCUAUCGUUGGUAACGCGGUCUUCUGGCAGAACUUGCACGACGAUGGUACGGGGGAUCAGGCGACAUUGCAUGCUGGUCUGCCGGUUACUAGUGGUUCUAAGAUAGGGAUGAAUAUUUGGACGAGGCAAGGUCCACUACGGUGGCAUAUUAGUGCGCAACCGACAAAACAAAAAAGCGGAUGAAAAUUCGUCCGACUUGGCACUCGCACUAUAAUUACAGCACCUACAUACGCUAAAGCUCCCUAUAAAUACAGGGCAUUACAGUGGUGCAUUCGCUAGAAUUAUAGUGCUUGAAAAAAGUUUCCGAGGUUAUGUAAUAUCCGGGCCACCCUUCCCACUAAAAUCUAGAUUUGGCCAAUCAGAUUAAAGGAUUCAAUCGUCAAUCCAAUUUUCAAUUGCCUUAUACAUUACACAUUCAGAUAAUUUUACAAAUAUACCAAGUUAAACAUUACAAUUGAUAUUAUUUUAUAGCC